CCACCGUGGUAUCUGAUAUCAAAACAAACGAAACAAAUGUAAAUACACGUCACACAGCGAUCCGACGAAAAAAGUGCCCAAAAGCCGGUUUUUGUUCGCAUUUAAGUAACUGCGAAUAUUAAAUUAAUUUGUAACGUUUGAAUAUCCAUAGCAGAAAGUAUCGAUUGCAUUUUAUACAAAAGUACGCAAGUGGUUGCAUUACGAUAUAUUAGAACACAAGCAUGGAGGGCGAAACUGCGGUGACGAAUCCCACCGGCGAUAGAAAAGUGGCACUGAUAACAGGCAUUACGGGUCAAGAUGGAUCGUAUUUAGCCGAGUUUCUGUUGGAUAAGGGAUAUGAAGUGCAUGGCAUUAUCAGACGGGCCAGUACAUUCAACACUUCGCGCAUCGAGCAUCUGUAUGCGGAUCCACGCACUCACAGAGAGGGAAAAAUGAAGCUACACUACGGCGAUAUGACCGACAGUAGCGCUCUAGUGAAGAUCAUUGCACAGGUGCGUCCGUCUGAAAUCUACAAUCUGGCCGCCCAAAGCCACGUCAAGAUAUCGUUCGAUUUGAGCGAAUAUACGGCGGAGGUAGAUGCUGUCGGGACACUACGUUUGCUAGAUGCCAUCCGUACCGUCGGGCAGGAAAAGACUGUCCGCUUCUACCAAGCAUCCACGUCGGAGCUGUACGGAAAGGUGGCCGAGACACCACAGAACGAAAAGACUCCGUUCUAUCCACGCUCACCGUACGCCUGUGCGAAGAUGUACGGAUACUGGAUUGUGAUAAACUAUCGGGAAGCGUACGAUAUGUUCGCCUGCAACGGGAUUCUCUUUAACCACGAGUCACCGCGCCGGGGAGAAAAUUUUGUAACGCGCAAAAUUACCCGCUCGGUGGCAAAGAUUUCGCUCGGCCAGCAAGAGUAUCUGGAGCUGGGUAAUCUCGACUCGAAGCGUGACUGGGGCCACGCGAAAGAUUACGUCGAAGCGAUGUGGCUUAUGAUGCAGCAGGACAAACCGGAAGACUUUGUAAUUGCGACGGGUGAAACGCACUCGGUGCGAGAAUUUGUCGAAAAGUCGUUUCAGUACAUCGGUCGGGACAUAGAGUGGCGAGGGACGGGUGUAGAUGAGGUUGGUGUUGAAAAGGGUACCGACACGGUACGGGUGCGUAUCAAUCCAAAGUUUUUCCGCCCAACGGAAGUUGAUCUGCUGCUGGGCGAUGCUUCUAAAGCAAAGACACAGCUGGGCUGGUCGCCGAAAGUAACAUUCCUUGAACUGAUCGCUGACAUGAUGGCGGCGGAUAUACAACUGAUGAAGAAUAAUCCAUCCGCCUAACACGUGCUACGGUGAAGCGAACAAGCCAUACCAUUUUGUAAGGGCGGUAACGAACGAACGAAAGGUCAGUAUUUGUCCGUGAUUCACGGAUCGGGCGGGCUGCGGGUGAAAGCUGGUUAGCAAAGUGUUUGCAAUUGGAAUUCUAAUACCACACUGUUUGACAAAAGUUUUAGUUAUACAAAAAAGGCUUUCUGUGUAUGUGUAGCACAUGAGAAAUUAGCCAAAUUGAACAAAAUCGAUCAAAUGUAACGGCUUGAAAGGGAGCUAAAUUCGAACAACGUACCGCAAAACACUUGCGCAUUAUUCCAUGGCAAUUUUAAAACAUAUUUUUUCCUACUUAUAACACGCUUCUAAUAAAUUAAAAAGAAAACUUAAAUAAAACAUA